GGAGGUGGUUGAAGGCUCUGGGGGAGGGAGGGAUGUGCUGGCUGGACUGUUCUAGGGAAACCAGCCAUGGUUUAGGCCCCAAGGGCCUCUCUUGGAAGGCUGAGGUGGGAGGAUCUCUUGAGGCCAGGAGUUCGAGACCAGCCUGGGCAACAACAUAGCAAGACCUCAUCUCUACAAAAAAAAUUUGAAAAGUAGCCGUACAUGUUGGCUUGUGCCUAUAGUCAAAGCUACUUGAGAGGCUGAGGCAGGAGGAUUGCCUGAGGCCAGGAGGUCGAGACCAGCCUGGGCAACAUAGUAAGACCUCAUCUCUAUAAAAAAAAUUUUACAUUAGCUGUACGUGUUGGCUUGUGCCUACAGUCAGAGGUAUUUGAGAGGUUGAGGCAGGAGGAUUGCUUGAGGCCAGGAGUUCAAGACUAGCCUAGGCAACAUAGUGAGACACCAUCUGUACAAAAAAAUACAAAGUUAGUGGGGUGCAUGGUGGUGUAUGCCAUGGUCCCAGCUACUCCAGAAGCUGAGGUGGAAGGAUCACUUGCACCCAGAAGGUCAAGGCUACAGUUAGCCAUGAUCCUACCACUGCACUCCAGCAGGGUCCACAGAGCAAGACCAUGUCUCUCUCUAAAAAAAAAAAAGAGAGAAAAAGAAAAAAAAGAGGCCGGGCGUGGUGACUCAAGCCUGUAAUCCCAGCACUUUGGGAGGCCGAGGCAGGUGGAUCACCUGAAGUCAGGAGUUCAAGACUAGCCUGACCAACAUGGUGAAAUCCCAUCUCUAAAAAAAUACAAAAAUUGCUUUUACGACGCGCCGGAAAGCAACGGCAACGGCCGCAGCCAGCACCGGGCGGAGAGGGCUACCAUGGGGAAAAUCGCGCUGCAACUCAAAGCCACGCUGGAGAACAUCACCAACCUCCGGCCCGUGGGCGAGGACUUCCGGUGGUACCUGAAGAUGAAAUGUGGCAACUGUGGUGAGAUUUCGGACAAGUGGCAGUACAUCCGGCUGAUGGACAGUGUGGCACUGAAGGGGGGCCGUGGCAGUGCUUCCAUGGUCCAGAAGUGCAAGCUGUGUGCAAGAGAAAAUUCCAUCGAGAUUUUAAGCAGCACCAUCAAGGCUUACAAUGCUGAAGACAAUGAGAACUUCAAGACAAUAGUGGAGUUUGAGUGCCGGGGCCUUGAACCAGUUGAUUUCCAGCCGCAGGCUGGGUUUGCUGCUGAAGGUGUGGAGUCAGGGACAGCCUUCAGUGACAUUAAUCUGCAGGAGAAGGACUGGACUGACUAUGAUGAAAAGGCCCAGGAGUCUGUGGGAAUCUAUGAGGUCACCCACCAGUUUGUGAAGUGCUGAUCCCUCUUCCUUCCCAGUUGCCCUUAAGAACUGAGAAAGGACAAAGUACUCUAAGCAGCAGAGCCCACAGAGGCUGGUUCCUUUGACCCUUGUCUCCUGGUGGCUAUACGAAACCUUCCCAAUCUGCAUGCUGGACUUUAUUACAGCUUCCCAAGCCCCAUCAAUAAAGCCCCUGUUCAUGCUGCACUGGUGCAUGAAGGUGAAGUAAGGAGGCAGCUACUCCCUCCACAAAUAAGAAUUCGUGCAGCAGCAGUUCACUCCUUAGGAAAAUGAAGAGUAUUUUUAAGGAGAUGGUAUCUCCCCAGUCAAGGGCAAGUUUACAGAGAUGAAACCGCGAUCCCACCAUCACUCAGUGAGCCAGAAGCCAAUGGUGACGUACUGUUACCUGAACUUACUGAACUUGCUGUUGGAAAGAUCUUUGUGAGGAUUAGGAAUUAGAUUAAAAGAAAUUAAGAACCAUCUUCAAGCAAAAAUUAAACUUUAUUUCUGCUUAAACAAUAAA